GUAUGUUAUACCUGCCACCCGCUGUUGGAGGGCAGAGGGGAUAUCUGGGAGUUCCGUCUGCAAGUCAUCUUCCAACAUCUCACAAUGAAUGAGACCGCAGUUUCAUUCGCAAAGGAUUUCUUGGCUGGUGGAAUCUCCGCUGCCAUCUCCGAAACGGCGGUUGCUCCCAUCGAGAGAGUCAAGCUUCUCCUUCAGGUCCAACAUGCCAGCAAGCGGAUCACAAAAGAAAUGCAGUACAAGGGUAUUGUCGAUUGCAUUACCCGCAUUCCCAAGGAAGAGGGCUUCCUUGCCUUCUGGAGAGGUAACCUGGCCAAUGUCAUCCGAGCCUUUCCCUCCCAGGCCCUCAACUUCGCCUUCAAAGACAAGUACAAGAGUUUCUUCCUUGACGGUGUAGACAAGCGCAAGCGGUUCUGGAGGUACUUCGCUGGCAACCUGGCCUCUGGUGGCGCUGCAGGAGCCACCUCCCUUUGCUUCGUCUACCCUCUUGAUUUCACCAGAACCCGUCUGGGAGCUGAUGUCGGAAAGGCCAGAAUGAGGGAGUACAAUGGUCUAGCAGACUGCUUGGUGAAGACGUUCAGGUGUGACGGUCUGAGGGGUCUGUACCAGGGCUUUGCAGUGUCUGUACAAGGCAUCAUCAUCUACAGAGGUUCCUACUUUGGCAUGUAUGACACAGCUAAAGGAAUGUUGCCAGACCCCAAGAACACUUCCAUCUUAGUGAGCUGGGCAAUCGCUCAGUCUGUAACUACUGUGGCCGGCCUGACCGCCUACCCCUUCGACACAGUCCGUCGUCGUAUGAUGAUGCAGUCUGGCCAUAAAAGCGCUGAUAUCAUGUAUCUUGGGACCAUUGACUGCUGGAUGAAGAUUGCUCGUGAUGAGGGUGGAAAGGCCUUCUUCAAGGGAGGCUGGGCCAAUGUUCUCCGAGGCAUGGGUAGUGCCUUUGUGCUGGUUUUUUACGAUGAGCUCAAGAAAGUCCUCUAAAUUCCUUUUUUAAAACAUCACUGGCUAAGUGUAACACAAUUUUUCAUGCCUAUGGACUGCAUUCUGCCUUAUUUAUUUGAACCCUGCCUUCCUACAGUCUAUGGGUAGUGAUUAUGCGCCGGCCUUAGUUAGAUAAAAAGGGACCGCCUUAAAGGUAAACCAAAGGUUUACAAACUACAGGCCACUAAGUACACUGGUUUAAAUUAAGAUAUGGAUUUCUCACCAUUCCUGUAGAGUCUUAGUGGUCCCUUUGAUGACAUUUAGUGGACAUAAUUGCCCUAUCGCUAUGUUUUGACUACUGUGGUCCAUGUUUGCUGCCAUCUUGUGUGCUAUAUAAAAUGUGUGCCUCUCCAACUCUCGCAACUCUUUUUCGGCAGUGUUGGCCAUUCUACCAUUCUGGCGGAGAAAACUGCACACUCGCGCUGGUAGCUAGCUAGCUACUGAAGUUAGUGCAAUUUAUUUAAAGUUGCCUUGCUAACUGGACACAAAAAUUAAGUUAAAACCCAAGAAAACAAUUUAUAAUAUACCUCCUCCAUCUCCUGUAAUUUGAAAAAACGAAUUUGAAUUGAAUAAUGUCCCAAAAAUGCUCAACUAUCACUCUUAAUCUCUAUCCAACAAUGUCACCAAGCUUCUCAACCCCCAUAAUGCUCUGUGGCACAAUCCCAAUACAACACACUAGGUUCUAGGCUGGGAUGGGCUACAGGACAAUA